AUUCAUGAAAGCCUAAACCCCUUCCCAUUGCUUGAAACGACGGUGCAGUGAAGCCAUGGCUGCGGCGCCUGCUGAUUCUUCGGACCCAAACAGAGCCUUAACAACCACACGGUUUUCCGAACUCAACCCGCCGCUGUCCGAGCCUGUUCUCGAAGCCCUGACCCAAUCCGGUUUUCACUUUUGCACGCCGGUUCAGGCCGCCACCAUCCCUUUACUCUGCAGCUUCAAGGACGUCGCCGUCGACGCCGCCACCGGUUCGGGAAAAACCCUAGCCUUCAUUGUUCCUCUCGUCGAGAUUCUCCGCCGCGCUUCUUCUGCCCCCAAGCCUCACCAGGUGUUGGGGGUAAUUCUCUCUCCCACAAGGGAGUUGUCAUCACAAAUAUAUAAUGUUGCACAACCUUUUAUUUCAACAUUGCCAAAUGUUAAGUCAGUGCUUCUUGUUGGGGGAGUUGAGGUAAAAUCUGAUUUGAAGAAAAUAGAAGAGGAAGGGGCAAAUUUAUUGAUAGGCACACCUGGACGGCUAUAUGACAUAAUGGAACGCAUGGAUGUCUUGGAUUUUCGGAAUCUUGAGAUUUUGAUUUUGGACGAGGCUGAUAGGCUUUUAGAUAUGGGAUUCCAGAAGCAAAUUACUUCCAUCAUUGCUCGCCUACCAAAGCUUCGCAGAACUGGUCUUUUCUCAGCUACUCAAACUGAGGCCGUUGAAGAGCUAUCAAAGGCAGGACUGAGAAAUCCUGUGAGGGUUGAAGUUCGAGCAGAGGCAAAAUCACUUAAUGAUUCUGUAUCAUCACAACAAUUAGCUUCUUCUAAAACACCUUCAGGCCUUAACAUCGAGUAUUUGGAAUGUGAAGCAGAUAAGAAACCGUCACAGCUUGUUGACUUACUUAUUAAGAACAAGUCCAAAAAAAUUAUAAUCUACUUCAUGACUUGUGCUUGUGUUGAUUACUGGGGAGUCAUUCUUCCACGUCUCUCUGUUCUGAAGGGUUUCUCUUUGAUCCCUCUUCAUGGGAAAAUGAAGCAGACUGCAAGGGAGAAGGCAUUGGCUUCAUUUACAUCUCUUUCAAGUGGCAUUCUUCUAUGUACCGAUGUUGCAGCUCGUGGACUUGACAUUCCUGGUGUUGAUUGCAUAGUGCAGUAUGAUCCCCCUCAAGAUCCAAAUGUCUUCAUACACAGAGUUGGUCGGACUGCUCGGAUGGGCAGAGAAGGAAGUGCUGUUGUUUUUCUAUUACCAAAGGAAGAAGCUUAUGUAGAAUUUCUGCGUAUAAGAAGGGUUCCUCUUCAAGGAAUGACAUGCUCUAGUGAUGCUUCUGAUGUUGUUCCUCAGAUUCGGUCUGCCGCCAAAAAGGAUCGUGAUGUUAUGGAGAAGGGGCUCAGGGCAUUUGUUUCAUUUGUGCGUGCAUAUAAAGAGCAUCAUUGCUCCUACAUUUUCAGGUGGAAAGAACUUGAAAUCGGGAAAUUGGCCAUGGGAUAUGGCUUAUUACAGCUCCCUUCAAUGCCAGAGGUAAAGCAUCACUCGCUGUCCACUGAGGGUUUCACCCCAGUUGAAGAUAUUAAUUUUGAGGAGAUCAAGUAUAAGGACAAAUCUCGUGAAAAGCAAAGAAAAAAGAAUCUUCAGGCCAAGAAAGCGGUACAAGACCAAGAACCAAAACCCCAGAGACCCAACAAAACUCCACAUACAGCACCUACUGUCAUGAGGAAGAAAACAGCCAAGCAGAGGCGCACAGCCCAGACAAUCGAAGACGAGGAUGACUUGGCACGAGAGUACCGGCUGCUGAAAAAGCUCAAGAAGGGGACAAUUGAUGAAAGUGAAUUUGCGAAGUUAACAGGAACUGAAGAGUUGCUUUGAAGAACAUGAAUGAUUGGAUCCUGAUGUUGAUGAAUUAAUCACGAAUCAGGUUGGUGAAUCAACAAGUGGAGAAGGCUCCGGACAUCAAACCUUUUACUGAAGGAGGUAGAUGCCAACAACUCUGAGAAAGAUGAUGAGAACAGCUUUGCGGGUGAGGGAAGCAGCCACCCCUCUUGGAAUUUGUUUUGAGCCAAAAGACCGAGAAGCUGAUUUUUACAUCGAUUGCUUCAGUUCCCUCCCCAACCCCCCCUAAACGUAGGUCAGGAGAUAGUCUGACAACCUUCGCCGGAGUUUGUUGACGAUUGAGGCACACGUAAAAUAAAAAUUAAAAAAACUAAUUUAAAUCAACCAAAAUCGACCAUAUUUGGGUUGAAAAUUUUGUAAACAGAUUUUCGGUUUUCUUGUCUCUCAGUCAAAAACUAAAUCAAAUUAACAUUGUAAGACAUAAUUGUUUGAUGUUUGAUGAAUUUUUAUGUUAAGUUACAUUGAACUAA